GCAAGUCAUCUGAUUGAACUGGUCUUCCAUUCAGAUACCAUGACACAUCAGGAGCUGGCAGUCCGCUGACCUGGAAAGGAAGACACAAGAAGGAGAUGACAGAAUUUUAAAUUAUAUCAUCACUGUGAAUUUGAACUGUGGUUAUUGCCUGGACGUGGCAUUCAAAUGUGACAGACUGACCACUGGUUGUAGAGAUGUCUUGAAGAUGCUGAAGAAGAAACAGAAUUCACAGAAUGGAAGAAACUCUUUCACCAUAUGCAAUGAUUUAGGAUGCCUACCGUGGUUGAUGGAAAUUUGAUCUCAUUGCACAAGUUUUCUGUAUAAGUGAGGAAGAGAAGAUUUAUAAGUUGCCCACAUACCCAACUCUACUACAGGCUGAAACUAGAAGGGGAAGAUGGAUUUAACAGCACACUGUAUUUGCAACCUCUCUUGUACUACUUCUUCUCCCAAGACUGUUGAGCUCAUGGAGGCCAGGGACUUUUAUCCCCAGUACCCAGCCCUUGAAUGAAUUAAGUGAAAUGAUCUCCUGUUGGUUGGCUGGGAGAACCGAGAACAGAGCUACGAUCUCCGGGUGCAUGCACAGUUCAGCGGCUACCACCCCCGCUGGGCCUCGCACAAUGGAGGGUGAAAGCAUCAAGCCGAACUCUCAGCCCCCGGUUCAGGCUGGGGAUGAUGAGAAGAACCAGAGGAUCAUCACUGUCAACUCUGCCCACAUGGGGAAGGCGUUCAAGGUGAUGAAUGAACUGCGGAGUAAACAGCUGUUGUGUGACGUGAUGAUUGUGGCAGAAGAUGUCGAGAUAGAAGCCCACCGUGUAGUCCUGGCAGCCUGCAGCCCCUACUUCUGUGCGAUGUUCACAGGUGACAUGUCUGAGAGUAAAGCCAAGAAGAUAGAAAUCAAGGAUGUGGAUGGGAGGACGCUGAAUAAGCUGAUUGACUAUAUCUAUACUGCAGAAAUCGAGGUGACCGAAGAGAACGUCCAGGUGCUGCUCCCAGCAGCCAGCUUGCUGCAGCUCAUGGAUGUUCGGCAGAACUGCUGUGACUUCCUGCAGUCUCAAUUGCAUCCCACCAAUUGCUUGGGCAUCCGCGCAUUUGCCGAUGUGCACACCUGCACUGACCUUUUGCAGCAGGCCAACGCAUAUGCAGAGCAGCACUUUCCAGAGGUGAUGCUGGGGGAAGAAUUUCUUAGCCUCAGUCUGGACCAGGUGUGCAGCUUGAUAUCCAGUGACAAGCUGACCGUUUCUUCAGAGGAGAAGGUAUUUGAAGCAGUGAUUUCAUGGAUCAAUUAUGAGAAGGAAACCCGUUUAGAGCACAUGGCAAAACUGAUGGAACAUGUCCGUCUCCCUCUCUUACCUAGGGAUUACCUGGUCCAGACGGUUGAAGAAGAAGCUUUGAUAAAGAAUAACAACACCUGUAAGGACUUCCUCAUCGAGGCCAUGAAAUACCACCUGCUCCCUCUGGAUCAGAGGCUCUUGAUUAAGAACCCAAGGACCAAGCCCAGGACUCCAGUCAGCCUGCCCAAGGUCAUGAUUGUGGUUGGUGGCCAGGCACCCAAGGCAAUCCGCAGUGUGGAAUGCUACGAUUUUGAAGAGGACCGGUGGGACCAGAUAGCUGAGCUUCCCUCCAGGAGAUGCAGAGCAGGUGUGGUGUUCAUGGCUGGUCACGUGUAUGCUGUGGGUGGAUUUAACGGCUCACUGCGCGUGCGGACGGUGGAUGUGUAUGAUGGUGUGAAGGACCAGUGGACGUCCAUCGCCAGCAUGCAGGAGCGCCGGAGCACUCUGGGUGCAGCCGUGCUCAAUGACCUGCUCUACGCCGUGGGGGGCUUUGAUGGAAGCACUGGCCUAGCAUCGGUGGAAGCCUAUAGCUACAAGACCAACGAGUGGUUCUUCGUGGCCCCAAUGAACACACGGCGGAGCAGCGUGGGUGUGGGUGUCGUGGAGGGGAAGCUGUAUGCUGUCGGAGGUUAUGAUGGGGCUUCCCGCCAGUGCCUGAGUACUGUGGAGCAGUACAACCCAGCAACCAAUGAAUGGACCUAUGUGGCAGACAUGAGCACCCGCCGCAGUGGCGCAGGGGUCGGGGUCCUCAGUGGACAGCUGUAUGCCACAGGCGGGCAUGACGGGCCCCUGGUGAGGAAAAGUGUUGAAGUUUACGAUCCUGGAACAAACACCUGGAAGCAGGUGGCGGACAUGAACAUGUGCAGGCGCAACGCAGGGGUGUGUGCAGUGAAUGGGCUCCUGUAUGUGGUUGGAGGGGAUGAUGGAUCCUGCAAUUUGGCUUCGGUGGAGUACUACAACCCUGUCACCGACAAAUGGACGCUGCUGCCAACCAACAUGAGCACAGGGCGGAGCUACGCAGGUGUUGCUGUGAUUCACAAACCCUUGUGACCCCAACUCCCACUGCCAGGAGGUGUGGGAGGGGAGGGGUGCUGCUUGUGACUGACAACGGCAGCACCAUGAUGCUGGGGGGCCACUUGCUGCGAGAGUCUGCGGUGGAGCCUGAAGUGCCCUCCUCCCAUGUGGCGAUGUGGCAAAGUGCGUCCAGCGUGAAGGCUGGUGACCUGCCUCCUCCCUGAGCAGUGGGUUCCUGACAGCUCCAGCACCUUUGGGCUUUUUAUGUGUGUUUCUAUGGGAAUACCUGAGAACCUGAAGUGUGUGUAUAUGUGCGUGUGUGUGUAUGUGUGUAGACCAUGGUGUUUCACUAAGUUGGGGGAUGUGUGACAAUCUACUGGAUUUCUUUACUACUGAUCCUUCUAUGCUAAAAAUCAAAUCACAGAAACCUCUCUUCUGGAUUUGCCCCAUGGGAACCCUGAGAUGACUAAAGCUGCUGUCUUCUGGAGGCCAGAAAUGUCCAGAAGCAACUGGUGAGAGGGGCAUUGCCCUGACCAUGCCCACAUACUGGCCUUGACUACUGGCACUGUCUGCAAAAGAGCUGGGCAUUCUUGAAUCUGUACCAUGCCCUCUUUGUGCUAGAACUGGGAACAGAUGGGUUCCCCAGCUCCUCCCUGGGCUCUGCUCCAGGAAGCAGAUGACAACUGCCUAAUCCUUGGGCCACUGGUCUUUGAUGUGUGGAUUCAGGUUAAGGAGAGUUUGUGUCUCUUCAGCUGGGAAAACUAGCUCUUUGGAGAAGCCCUGAGUGACACUGGAGAAAAAAAAAAAUCUAUAUAUAUAUGAAAAACAAAAACAAAACAACAAACCAAAGUGGUAAGGUAGUUCCUGCCCAAAAUGGUCUGAGUGGAUCCUAUUGCUGAGUUUUCCUGUGAUAGGACAGACCCCCAUGUAUACUGGUUAUCUAGACUUAAUUAUUCACAGCAUCCCAUUUUACUCUCAAAAGUGUUCUGGUUUGGAGGAUAAAUAAAGAGUCAUCCUACCUCCAAA